AUCCCGGAAGUUUUGAACUGUCUUUGGCGGACAUCCUAAACUUGCCCAGACUUAUCCAUGAAAACGCACAUUUCUCUGUCCUUUCGCCUUGAUUUCCAAAACAGUGAGUGACAGUUUAUACUCCUGUUGACCACCUGAGCAGGUAGGCAGAGAGAAAACUCCCUCCAGUCCCGCCCGCUGAGCUGAUGUCCGGCUUCGACCUCGUCCCGGUGGACGGCGGGGGUCCCAUCCACCUGCCGCCGGGGGACACGGUGCUGGGCAGGGGUCCCAUCCACCUGCCGCCGGGGGACACGGUGCUGGGCAGGGGUCCCAUCCACCUGCCGCCGGGGGACACGGUGCUGGGCAGGGGUCCCUUCCUGGGAGUCAGCGAUCGGAGAGUGUCCAGAAACCACGGGCUGCUGGAGAACCUGAACGGACAGCUGCGCCUCAAACCAACCCACUUCAACCCGUGCUUCAUGCAGUCGUCCCCGGCCGAUGACCCUCGACCUCUGCAGAAAGGCUCCUGGUACCCUCUCCGUCAUGGAGAUGUUUUCUCUCUGCUGCCCGGGCAGUUCAUGUACAAGGUGGUGGCCGUGGGCGGAGAGGAAGAAGAAGAAGAAGAAGAAGAAGAAGAACGCACUCCCAGAAACAGCCAGAUGUUUGGAGAAGAAGAAGAGGAAGAGGAACGUCCGGUUUCACCUCAGCCAGAUGUGGAGCCUCCUCCUCCUCCUAUUGGUCAGGACAGAGAACAGCCUCAGGAGGAGCCUGAGGCAGCCGCUCCGUCACACAUCGAGGAAUCUGAAGAUCUGCCCACGAGUCUGAACAAGACAGAGUCGCCUCCACCUACAGAAAGGAAGGCUGCUCCAGGUGAAGUCACUCCGUCCAAACACAAGAGGAGAGUUUUACCCGCGUGGAUGAUGGCGGCUGCAGCAGCUUCUUCUUCCAGCCCUAAAGUUCCGUCAGCUGUGAAGAAAAGUAAAAUGCCUGCAGCCACUUCAUCGGGCGCCAAACGAGCAGCAGCCAAGAAAGCCUCGCCUGCUGAGACCUCCUCGCCUGAGGAGGCGGAGCUCAGCGCGGAGGAGCGGCCGAGGAAGAGGAGAAGGAAGAAGAGCAGUGAUGAAAAGGGAGCUCAGUCCAAAACAGAUGUUCCUUUAAAGCAGACGGUCAGAUCUGAGGUGAGCGAGGAGUCUGACGGCGUCACCAUGGAGGUGGACGAGGACGAGAGAGGAGGUGAGACGUCUACCACUCCGACCAGUGCAGAGAAGGAGGACAGGAAGUUAAAAAACGGAGGACAGACAAGUAGAAGAGGAGAGUCUGUCGGGUCCAACAGCGGCUCGGCUGCGUCCAAACCUCCCCUCAGGACUCCGUGUCCGUACGGGAGGGACUGCUACAGGAAGAACCCGCUUCACUUCCAGGAGAGCAGUCACCCCGGGGACCCGGACUACGAGGAGGAGGAGGAGGGGGAGGAGGGGGAGGAGGAGGGAGCGGAUCUACCUGAGUGUCCCUACGGCACAGACUGCUACAGGAAAAAUCCUCUCCACAGGAAGGAGUACAAACACACAACAACUCCAGCCUCCAUGACGCGUACACGCCCCAAGAAGCCCGCCGCCGCUGGCGACGAGGAGGACGAGUCUGAGUACGACGACAGCUUUAUUAACGACGACAGCGAGGAGGACGAGGCGGGCGGCGAUGACUCAGACUACGUCCCUCCGGUCUCUGAUGACAGCGAGAAGGAGGACGUCAGAGGGCUGCAGAGCGAGGCGCAGGCCUUCCUCAAGAAGAAGAAGUAGACAUGGCGUCGUCUUUGUUUGGAGGUUUUAGAGCGGCGGCGGCGCCGGGCAACCUUUGAUGGUUUUGGUUUGAUGAGACUGACCCGCCUGAAGGAAAGACACACCCUCACCCCCUCUCAGACUAAGAUCCAGCCGCCUCAGUUCUGAUUUCAAAUUUUUACACAAGAGUCAAUGUGUUGAAAAGGAUUCUGGGUAUUUGUCAUAAUUUUUUGACCUGUGAUGUCACUGCACUCCUGCGUUACCAUGGUGACACACCCAUGUGCAGACAGAGGUCAGAGACUGGUUCGAUUCCUCUUCACUCGUCCUGCUGGGAUCAACGGGACCCAACGCCGCUUUACUUCCUGUUUCGAGUCCAAACCCGCGCUGACCAUGAGCGAUGAAACAUCUGGUGUGUUGAAGAAUGAUCAGCGGAGUCUGGAUUGUGUCUGCUGACGUUUUUCCGGGGAACAUCCGACCUUCAUCCUUAAAUCAUCCGUCUGAAUGUGGUCAGGACACGAUGACAAACGGUCCCAGGUGGCGUUUAAGGCGCAGCGGCAGACUCUGAACAUCUCAUAUUUGAUGCUACUGAUUAUUAUCUUUUUAAUAUGAAUGUUUCUGUCCUCAAAAUCUUUUUAGAAGCAAGUCAGUUUUCUCAGUCUGAUGUGAAGUCUGAGCACGCCGCAGUCCGUCAGCGCCAUUCGCUGCAACUCUGUGUGACGUGUCUUGUGUGGAAAUUGGCAGCGAGAAAAUUGAGAGGUUUUUUGUUUUUUUUGCCUAAACUUUAUUUUUUUGUAAUGAUCUGUUAACCAGAAGGAGGCCGACAUCACUCUGAGUAUUCUUCUGCAGCUGUUAGUGUAAUACUCGUUUCUGCCACAAGGGGGCGUUCUCAAACCAACAGCACUGAAAUCGUGUGAUUUCUCUCUGAACGUAACUCGGCUCUUCUCAGACUUCAAACAAAAAUCAGACGAUUGUUCAACCUUUGUUUUGUUUUCAGAUCAUCCAAACAGGAAGUGAUGAACCUGAAACCCCUGAGAGUUUAUAACUGUCAAACAUUCGCUCCCAGCUGCCCACGUGCUGACUGCUGUCAGGUGUUACCAUAGCAACCAGAAACACAAAACAAUGCACUUGACCCGAGUCAUUAAAGCUGAUCAGGAAAUGUGUGUGUGUGUGUGUGUGUGUGUGUGAAGUCUGUUUGAUUGAAGAGUUGUUCUCUCUUCACAGAGGAAAGAAAACCUCGAAGAGUUCAUCUGCUUUCAUUUUGAUCUUAUUUCUGAUGUUCUGGUUUUGACGUUCGGCUCUUGUAGAUUUAUAUGUGGGACUAUUUUUUCUUACGUUGUUGAAAUACAUCUGAUGAAAAGUC